UACUAUAUUAGUAGCAUGCGGUGCACACAGCUCACAUCUUGAAGGAGCGAAAUCAUCCGCUGCCGGCGUCAGCGUUGUAUCCAAAGCGUCCACCGUCGUGCUAGAUUCCACAACUAGGCAGGCAGACGCCACACGCCAGCCGUCCUGGUGUGCGUCACUGCGUCUCGUGCAGACAGACGCGGUCCACAGCUCGCCACGGCCAUGGACGUGGAAGCGCGCAAGGACGCGGCGCCCGCGCGCGGCAAGGCGAUGCGCCGCCUCCUGGUGGCGCUCAACUGCGGGAUGCUCGCGCUGGGUGCCAUCGGCGGGCCGCUCCUCAGCCGCCUCUACUUCAGCAAGGGCGGCCACCGUCAGUGGCUGUCCGCGUGGCUCGAGACCGCCGGCUGGCCGCUGCUGCUGGUCCCCGUGGUGGCGGCUUACGUCGCCCGCCGCGCGCGCGACCGGGCCGCCCCGGCCCUCCUCACCCCGCCGCGCAUCCUGCUGGCCGCGGUGGGCCUCGGCGUCGCCACGGGCGUGGACGACUUCAUCUACGCCUACGGGCUCUCGUACCUCCCCGUGUCCACCUCCGCGAUCCUCAUCUCGACGCAGCUCGCGUUCACGGUGCUCUUCGCGUUCCUCAUCGUGCGGCAGCGGCUGACCGCCGCGUCCGUGAACGCCGUGGCGCUCCUCACCGUGGGCGCCGUCGUGCUGGGGCUGCACGUCUCCUCCGACCGGCCCCCCGGGGUCACCAGGGGCCAGUACUGGCUGGGGUUCAUCCUCACGCUCGGCGCCGCCGCGCUCUACGGCCUGGUCCUGCCGCUGGUCGAGCUCGCGUACAGGCGCGCCGCCGGCGGCGGGCGCGCCGUGACGUACGCGCUGGUGAUAGAGAUGCAGCUGGUGAUGGGGUUCUUCGCCACCGCGUUCUGCACCGUGGGCAUGAUCGUGAACAAGGAUUUCCAGGCGAUCCCAAGGGAGGCGAAGCACUUCGAGCUAGGGGAGGCCCGGUACUACACGGUGCUGGUGUGGUCGGCCGUGCUGUGGCAGUGCUUCUUCCUGGGCGCCGUGGGGGUCAUCUUCUGCGUGCACACGCUGCUCGCGGGCAUCCUCAUCGCCGUGUUCAUCCCGGUCACGGAGGUGGCCGCCGUGAUCUUCCUGCACGAGAAGUUCAGCAGCGAGAAGGGCGUGGCGCUGGUGCUCUCGCUCUGGGGCCUCGCGUCCUACUCCUACGGCGAGUGGAGCGACUCCAGGGCCAAGAAGAAGGCUGAGGCCGCCGCGGAAGGCCAGGCCUCGUGAUUCUUAUACUGCAACUGUGGACGAUGAUGAGAGAUCGAGGCUCUGAUCUCUUCCCGUUGUACUUUCUAUAUGCUGUGAUUGUGGCCGUGUCGAUGGAGUCGCGUAAGUCGUCACCUGCAACUGUAGGAUGGUCAACAUUCUUCAGUUCAGUUGGGUGGGUAGUACUGUACUGCAUGGUGCAUGGAGGUGUGUAUGUCAUACUAGUACUGUACCGUACAGUACAUGAAACUGCUCGCUACGUUUGAAGUCGUAGCAAAGCGAUCGGCGCACUUGUAACCCGAUUCCGGGUAUGGUUAGAACGAAUACAAAAUAUGUUUCUGUGACUA